AUAACACAUUUAUCAUUUUCUUCUCCAAAUCUUCAUGAUUGUAUUUGUAUCCUUGUCAAAUUUUCCUUUCUUUUCUAUUUUUGUUCCUUUCUUCUCUCCUAGUGGUUUGAAACUGUUACAGUUAAAAUAAUCAUAGACAAAGUCAAGUGCAAUUGCUCUUCCUUUUGUAGUUGGUCCCCCACAAUAGCAAAGUCAUUUUUAGAGUAAACAAUCAUACUUUGUCACAAUAGUCAUCAAAAUUAUAAAAACAGAGUAUUUAAAUAUGUUUUUGUUUGUAAAUUUGGUUUUUGUUCUAGUGAACAUAGAAAUAUUGCAUUUUAUAUAUAGAAUUGAAGUUUGACUCAAAUUUCUCACUUAUUCACUUUAAUAGAUGAAUUUCAAUGAAAUUACUAACAAAAUGCAUAUAAAAGGUGGAUGAUCCAAUCAGUAAUUAAUAGCAGGCGGUCCAGCAAAUCGUGGAGGAGGCUAUGAUACCAUCUUAGAAUUGGAUAUUGGGUCUAACUUAUUCUUACAAAAUCGGCUUGUAAGGUGAGGAUUGACUCUACUUUAUAAACACAUAUUGUCAUCUCGCAACCGAUGUGAGACUUGUUAACAUAGACAAAAUGAUUAUCGAAAAGUUGAGUAGUUCAGUUGAUUUGAGUCAAAAAUUAAUAAACCAAAGUUCAAACCCUAACAAAGAAAAAUAAUACUAAAAUUAAACAACUAUAUACCGACAUUAGAUAUAAAAAAAUUUAAAAAGGCAAAAUGAUUAUUUAAUGAUAGUUUUUCUCUUUUUCCAAAAUAUAAAAAAAAUAUUGAAUAAUCUUUUGUCCCAACUUGCAAGUGGUAGAACCAUUAUACUCUGUAAGCAAUCUUCAAACUUACCCAUUUGCUCUUCACAAAGUUCCAAUCUUUAUCACUUUUGCAUCAAACCCACAAACAGAACCUUCAGAAAAUGCCAGAAUCUGAGGAAGAAAAUCAAGACUUUCCUCCCAAGACAAAAACAUCCUUAGAGGAACAUGUUUGUGCUAUGGAUUUUGAUCUUGAUUUAGAAACUUCAUGGCCUUUGGAUCACAUGUCCUUUAUCUCAAAUCCCAUGUCACCUUUUCUGUUUUCCACUAUCUCUGAUCAACCUUCAUCUCCUUUAUGGAAUUUUACUGAUGGAGAAGAUGAAAAUCAUAACAAGCUUGCAGCUUCAGCUUUCUCUGAUUGCCACAAAAUCUUCUCUUGUGAUUCAAAUUCAAUAACUGAGAAGCCGGUGGAGAAAGAUGACAACAAAACACUUUUGCCACCCCUUUUGCCACCAAUAGAACAUUUGGAUAGAUAUUGUGGAAUCAAGGAAAAGAUGACACAAGCGCUUCGCUACUUCAAAGAAUUGACUGAAAUGAAUGUUCUGGCUCAGGUUUGGGCACCUGUGAGGAAUGGUAAUCGGUUUGUACUUACAACUUCAGGCCAGCCUUUUAUGCUAGAUCCGCAUAGUAACGGACUCAAUCAGUAUAGAACGGUCUCCCUGAUGUAUAAGUUUUCUGUGGAUGGAGAGAAUGAUGGAACUCUUGGACUUCCUGGUCGAGUUUUUCAGCAGAAACUCCCAGAAUGGUCUCCUAAUGUUUUGUACUAUUCUAGUAAAGAGUAUCCCCGCCGAGAUCAUGCUCAACAUUACAACGUUCGGGGAACCUUGGCUUUGCCUGUAUUUGAACCGUCGUUGCCGUCAUGUAUCGGUGUGCUAGAGUUGAUAAUGACUUCGCCAAAGAUUAACUAUGCUCCCGAGGUUGAAAAAAUCUGCAAAGCACUUGAGGCAGUAAAUUUGAGGAGUUCAGAAAUUUUGGAUCAUCCAUUCACUCAGAUUUGCAAUGAAGGGCGUCAGAAUGCAUUAUCCGAGAUCUUGGAGAUAUUGACAGUGGUGUGUGAAACUCAUAAUUUACCUCUAGCCCAAACAUGGGUUCCAUGUAGGCAUAGGAGUGUUUUGGCUCAUGGUGGUGGUUUCAAGAAAAGUUGUUCGAGUUUUGAUGGUAGUUGCAUGGGGCAAGUUUGCAUGUCAACAACCGAGGUAGCAUCCUACAUCAUAGAUGCUCAUUUAUGGGGUUUCAGGGAGGCCUGUGUCGAGCAUCACUUACAACAUGGUCAAGGUGUUGCGGGGAGGGCUUUUUUGUCUCAAAACAUGAGCUUCUGCUCUAACAUUACACAAUUCUGCAAAACAGAUUACCCUUUGGUUCAUUAUGCUCUCAUGUUUGGGUUAACAGGCUGUUUUGCGAUCUGUUUGCGGAGUUUUUAUACAGGAGAUGAUGAUUAUGUGUUAGAGUUUUUUCUGCCUCCUGGGAUCACAGAAUUUCAUGAACAGAAGACGCUCUUGGGAUCCAUAUUGGCAACAUUGAAAGAACAUUUUCAGAGUCUUAAGAUUGCUGCUGGCGUUGAACUUGAGGAAAAUGGUUCAAUUGAAAUUAUUGAAGCAACAGAUGAAGGCAUUCGUCUUAGAACUGAAUCUAUUCCAAUUGCUCAAUCUAUUAAAUCACCAUUUAUACCUGAUGCCUCACCAAAUAUGGAGGAGGUACCACAGGAUGAUCCAUCAGGGAUUCAUGGUGAAGACAUAGGUGGAAGCAUCAAUCCAAUGUCCCCAUUAGGAAACAAAAACAUAAAGAAACCCUCAGAGAGGAAACGUGGAAAAACGGAGAAAUCAAUUAGUCUUGAAGUUCUACAACGGUAUUUCGCCGGGAGUCUUAAAGAUGCUGCAAAAAGCCUCGGCGUUUGCCCUACUACAAUGAAGCGCAUAUGCAGGCAGCAUGGGAUAUCCCGUUGGCCAUCUCGAAAGAUCAACAAGGUUAACCGUUCCCUGUCCAAGCUCAAGCGUGUUAUUGAAUCUGUCCAAGGUGCUGAAGGAGCGUUUGAUUUGAAUUCCCUCAGUAAUAAUCAACUUCCAAUUGUUAGUUCUUUUCCUGAGCCUUCUACUCCGAAUAAGUCCAACCAGCAAGGCUCAUUAAACAUCAAGCCAUCAGAGCCUCAGAUGAAAGAGAAUGAGUUUGACGCCUCUAAAGUAUCAGAAACAAACAUACAAGCUGUAAUGGAAGAUCAAUUACUAGGAGGAAGGAAACAUAGUCUUGAUAAAGAAGUGAUUAAUGAUAAAGGUGUGUCUAUUCGGGAAAUUGGGAACGACCGAAAAAGGACUAGAACUAGGAGUGGCUCGAGCGAAGAUAGCACAAAUCCUGCUUCUCAUGGUUCAUGCCAUGGUAGUCCACCAAAUGAAAUUUCAACUGUAAAAGAUCUAUUCAAUCCAUCCAACAAUGAGCAAUGUAUUGUGUUGAGGGGAUCACCAGAGUCGAGAGUGCAGCCAACUAAUGCAUUCAACUCUCCAACUGCUCACUGUUUGCCUGACAACGUGCUAGCAGAACUUCAAGAGCCAUUCGGAGGAAUGCUAAUAGAGGACGCUGGAAGUUCGAAAGACUUGAGAAAUUUGUGUCCUUCGGUAGCUGAGGCCAUUUUGGAGGAUAUGGCUCCAGAAGCUUGUGGAACUAAUCUUCCAGGUUCAUAUAUGGCUCCUCCUAAACAAUGCAUGGAUACUAUUAAUAAUAAUAAUUCAGUGAUGCCUUUCGCAGUUAGAAAAGAAAUGAAAACCGUGACUAUUAAGGCAACAUAUAGAGAAGAUAUCAUAAGAUUUAGGGUCUCUUUGAACUGUGGCAUUGUGGAAUUGAAAGAAGAAGUUUCCAAAAGAUUGAAACUAGAGGUUGGUACAUUUGAUAUCAAGUACAUGGAUGAUGAUAAUGAAUGGGUUUUGAUAGCAUGUGAUGCAGAUCUUCAGGAGUGCAUGUUUGUUUCAAGAUCAUCCGGAGGAAGCAACAUAAUCCGGGUUUUGGUGCAUGACAUAACGUCGAAUCUUGGAAGCUCUUGUGAGAGCUCAGGGGAGUGACUAGUGUUGGUACAUACUACAUAGGUUCAAUUUGUAAACUAGUGUUUUUGUUUAGGUCCUUGUGAUCAUUAGGCAGAUAGGUAAAAACAAUUGAUUUUGGUUAAGAUUUGCUCAAAUUGUAAGAAGUUUGAGAUUAGAUUAAAGAAUUUUCACUCUAUUAAAUAUUUUCUAUCAGCUCAA